CGGCGUUUUGUCUCGGGAUCAAUCUCUCCAUCAUUGUUGGUGAUAGAGGGAGAGAGAAACUCCGUGUGCCUUUCUCUUCUCUUCUGAGCUUUCUUCUCGAUUCUUCUAAGAAUGAAUUCAUGAAACAGGUUUGAUAGGGGAGACCAGUGUGAAAUGAACAAAGCCAUUUGUCGUUUGAGACUCAGGCCAGUGAACAAGAACUUCCCUAAAAAUGAAUUGCAAAAAGUAAUUCGUGUUGAUGAUAGUGUCCAAUUUGCAAACACUGUCUUUCACAUCAAAUAGUGAUUUGAUUGCCCUUCGCCAUUAUGUGGAGGUCCAUUUCGAAUGCUGUCUCAAGCUUUGGACAGAAGAAGGAUUCUGCUACACCGAAUCAAGUUUGCCAUGAAAUCUCGGAUGAUGAUGAGACAUGUUCUAAUGACAGCUCAGGUGAAGGACUGGAAUGCCCAAUAUGCUGGGAAUCUUUUAAUAUCGUUGAGAAUGUGCCUUAUGUCUUAUGGUGUGGACACACAAUAUGCAAAAAUUGCAUGUUGGGACUUAAGUGGGCUGCUUUGAAGUUCUCUAUGCAUCAGAUCCAGAUUCCGUUGUUCAUUUCAUGCCCUUGGUGCAAUUUGUUGACACUUCGACUAGUUUACAAAGGGCAUGUAAAAUUCCCUAGCAAGAACUUCUUCCUUCUUUGGAUGGUGGAGAGCAGAAAUGGUGAUAGGGCCAAGUCUCCUUCCUCUAUAUGCAGGGAUCACCAACAGUUGUGGCCCCCAAGGGGUGUUUCAGUUAUUGGGAAUACCACCACAAUCAACCGCAGGCCGCAUCGCCUUGGAAAUUUAAGGUCAAACAGUGGUGCUCAUAGCCAUAUCAGUAAUACAAGUACUAACCAGAGGCCACAAUUUUCUCUGCACAAAUCUCUGGAUUUCUUCAUUCACUUGACGUCCAAGUUUCCUUUGGUUAUUUUACUUCUUCUGGUUAUAUUUGCAAUAAUACCCUCCAGUGUUGCAAUCAUAGUGGUAUACUUGGUGCUCACAAUCCUCUUCGCUCUUCCAUCCUUCGUAGUGCUCUACUUUUCAUAUCCUGCUUUGGAUUGGCUGGCAAGAGAGAUAGCCAGUUGAAGAUUUGCUUGCAAUUAGUUUGAGGAUAUCUUCUCCCAUCUCUUGCUUGCAUUGGAAAUUUUAGGGUGUAAUUAAGGACUUUUUUUGUAAUAGCUUUAUUUCUCAAUUUAUAGUGCUGUCCAGCUUUAAUAUGAUCUUGGUUUUAUAUCAAAGGUGCUGUAAAAAUUAGUUAUUUCUUUAAAUGGAAUCAAUGCUUAAUCUGUGAUUGGAA